UCUGAGUCAGCUGAAAAAAAGUAUCAAACAGAAUAAAAAAAAAAUCUUUCAUUACAGUGCUGUGAUUCAAACAAAUAGUCAUCACCAAGACAGUUAUAGAAGUGUAUUCCAAAACACACAGAUCAUUCAUCCUCAAGUCUACAUUAUAACCGCAUCUCAUCAUGAGUUCGUCACAAUGCAGAUUUUACGAAAGCAAGUAUCCCGAAGUGGAUGAAGUUGUUAUGGUUAACGUUCAAGAGAUCGCCGAAAUGGGAGCUUACGUUAAAUUAUUAGAAUAUGAUAAUAUUGAAGGGAUGGUGUUAUUAUCCGAAUUAUCCAGAAGGCGUAUUCGUUCUAUCCAAAAGUUGAUUCGUGUUGGUAAGAAUGAAGUUGCUGUUGUCUUAAGAGUUGACAAAGAAAAAGGUUAUAUUGAUUUAUCAAAAAGAAGAGUUUCAUCUGAAGAUAUCGUUAAAUGUGAUGAAAGAUAUAAUAAAUCCAAAGCGGUUCAUUCUAUUUUAAGACAUUGUGCUGAAAAGUUCAAUGUUUCUUUAGAAACUUUAUAUCAAUCCAUUGGAUGGCCUUUAAGCAGAAAAUAUGGUCAUGCUUAUGAUGCAUUUAAAUUAUCUAUUACUGAUCCAUCUAUCUUUGCAGAUAUUGAAGCUCCAUCAAAUGAAAUAUUAGAAGAAUUGAAAUUAUAUAUCUCCAGAAGAUUAACUCCACAAGCCAUCAAAAUAAGAGCUGAUGUUGAAGUUUCUUGUUUCAGUUAUGAAGGUAUUGAUGCUAUUAAAGAAGCUUUAUUUGCUGCUGAAAGUGUCUCUACUGAACAAAUGCAAGUGAAAGCUAAAUUAGUAGCUGCUCCAUUAUACGUUAUAUCUGUUCAAGCAUUAGAUAAAAAUCAAGGUAUUGCUUUAUUAGAAUCUGCUAUUGAAAAAGUCACUGAAACCAUUAAAUCAAAAGGUGGUAUUUGUAAAGUUACUUUAGCUCCAAAAGCUGUCACUGCAAGUGAAGAUGCUGAAUUACAAGCAUUAUUGGAAAGAAAAGAAGCUGAAGAAAAUGCCUCUUCUGAUGAAGAAGAAGGUGAAGAUUAUAUUGAUUAGGAUAAUCAAUUGUAAUAAAAAAAUUGAAGUAUAUACAUUGUCUAUUUUUCUCUUGUAGUAAUACAUACUUUUAUAUAUCUAUACAUAUAUAAACAAAAUCUGUCUAAAUUAAUAUAUUAGGUACAA